GAAGGAGGUGACGUUGACGUCAGGAGCCCCAUGACAGUGUGUCACUUCCGCUAGCUGGCAGGAGAGGAAGCGGACGACUGUAGCGGGCCCGGUGUAAUUAAUAGAGCGGCCCGUAAUACACGGCGACACACGGACGAUUUGAAAAAUGACGUCCAGGAAGAAAGUGCUGCUGAAGGUGAUCAUCCUAGGGGAUUCUGGGGUCGGCAAAACCUCUCUCAUGAACCAGUAUGUAAACAAGAAGUUCACCAACCAGUACAAAGCAACCAUAGGGGCCGAUUUUCUUACCAAGGAGGUGAUGGUUGAUGACCGAUUAGUAACCAUGCAGAUAUGGGACACAGCAGGUCAGGAGCGAUUUCAGUCUCUAGGCGUGGCCUUUUACCGAGGAGCUGACUGCUGCGUGCUAGUCUUUGAUGUCACCGCACCAAACACUUUUAAAACCCUGGAUAGUUGGAGAGAUGAAUUCCUCAUUCAGGCCAGUCCACGAGACCCAGAAAACUUUCCAUUUGUUGUUCUUGGAAACAAGAUUGACCUUGAGAACAGACAAGUCACUACAAAACGAGCACAGGUGUGGUGUCACAGCAAAAAUAACAUCCCGUAUUUUGAAACCAGUGCCAAGGAGGCUAUAAAUGUGGAACAGGCAUUUCAAACAAUCGCACGGAACGCACUUAAACAGGAGACUGAAGUUGAGCUGUACAAUGAAUUCCCAGAACCCAUCAAACUGGACAAGAACGACCGAGCAAAAGCCUCUGCGGAGAGCUGCAGUUGCUGAGAGGGGGGGGGACGACAGCAAACACGGAGCCCUUCACUAACCGAUAUCACACUUAGGCCUUCGAACACAAGACCCCUUCCCUCUCUGUCCAGAGUGUAAAGAAUACAUAUUAAACAUGUGCACCCUCUUAAACUCCUAGACAUUGGUCCAAAUGGGAACCCAAGACCAUAACUUAAGCAGAACACCUGGUCCUCGUCAUACCACCUCCUGUGGACUGUACAUUCAUGUUGGGUUAACCCCUGUGUUGCCAAGGGGCCUAUUGUAUAUUAGGUUACUCUCUGGCAGCAAAGCCGUUAACUUUCAAGCAUACUGUUUCUUUAAACAUAAAUUAAUUUUGUGACUUGUGGAGAGACUGGAAGUUGUUGGGUUUUUUUGUGUUUUUUUUUUUUUUUUUUGUCUUUUUACAGCUGUGUUUAAUAUAUUAUGUGAUGACAGACAAAACCUUUUACAUGUUCUGUGACCCAAUCGAAGGCUUUAACCAGGAAGGCUGCAUAUUCCAUACGACUUUGCAAGCUCAGCACCAAGUCUGCACUAGGUUUGAGUUUUGUAUGUAUCUGUUAACGCUUGUUACUUUUAACUAAUCAGAACUUUUUACAGAAUCCAUUUAUUAUGUAAUGCUUCUUUAGGAAAGGAAUCGUAUAGUACAUGUUAAUAUAUGCAACCAAUUAAAAUGUAUAAAUUAGUGUAAGUAUAAAUACUUUUUGAUUUACUUAAGUUUUGAAGCACAGGUAUUUAGACUGUAAACAAGGAUAUAUAUUCCCCAUCUUCUGUGAGCUAAUGCCUGCAAAAGUUAGAAACUCCAGAUAGACGCAGCUUCCAGCACAUACAGGGCAGGUUUUGGCGACUCUUAACACGGUUAAAAGCCAUAGUUAAGCUGCGGCUUGUUCCUGUCUUGUUUACCUCGUCCGUAACUGCAGUGAGAUCUGUAAUAUCUCAUCUGACUGUUCAGUGCAGAUCAUUUAUUUUCCCUUUUUUUAUAAUCUUCACACGUGCAGUCUGCAGGGGACCUUUCCUAAGGACUAACUUGGGAAAUAUUUUACUUGUUAACUUGCAGACUUACAGCCCCUGCUCUCUGGGAUGUUACGUCUAUCCCUCCGGCACUGGUAGCACUCAUUUAGUUUCCCUGCAACCCUCCCCUGUGCUACAGAUCAGACGUUAUUAAUGGUAUGACCCCAUGGCAGAUUAGCUACCCCUAUGUGUUUUGUUCUUGCGUUUGUAGCUUGCUUCCAUAUGGCAAUUCUACCUUUUUUUCCAUCAGCUUACAUCCUACUAGGUAGGCUGGGUUAUUCUAUAAAAAUGAAAAUGAUGCCAAUAAACUUAACAAGAAAA